CAUGGAAAGUCAUGUCACUAGUAUAAAUCCUCUGUCAGACACGUACUGCUUCUCUCCCAGCAGUGGACUUGUAUCCAGUUCGGUUUAGCUGUUCCAUGAGCCAUGGCAGACCAGGCUUUUGUCACCCUUGCUACAACUGACAACUAUGCCAAAGGAGCAGUGGUACUUGGCAAGUCCUUGAGGAACCACAACACCUCAAAAAAACUAGUGGCCAUGAUUGGCCCCCAUGUCUCAGAACCCUCCAGAGCAGUGCUUCAUAAAGUCUAUGAUGAGGUCAGGCUGGUGGAUGUGCUGGACAGUGGGGAUGCUGCACACUUGGCUCUGAUGAAGAGGCCUGACCUGGGCGUCACCUUCACCAAACUUCACUGCUGGACUCUUACAGAAUACUCCAAAUGCGUGUUUAUGGAUGCAGAUACCCUAGUUUUGUCCAACAUAGAUGAGUUAUUUGAGAGAGAGGAGCUCUCUGCUGCACCGGAUCCCGGCUGGCCUGACUGCUUCAACUCUGGUGUGUUUGUCUUCCGCCCGUCCAAUGAAACGUAUGGGAAGCUUCUCACCGCCUGCUCAGAGAGUGGCAGCUUUGAUGGUGGGGAUCAGGGUGUUCUCAACAGCUUCUUCAGUGAUUGGGCAACGGCAGACAUUUCAAAACACCUUCCUUUCAUCUACAACCUCAGCAGCAUCGCCAUCUACACCUACCUCCCAGCAUUCAAGCAAUAUGGCCGUGAUGCCAAAGUUGUUCAUUUCCUUGGCAAAGUCAAACCGUGGGAUUACAGUUAUGACACCACAAGUAAAAGAAUAAAGGGACAGCCCCAGGAUGCUUCUGAAAUGCAACCCAACUACUUGAUGCAGUGGUGGGAGCUUUUCUGUUCUUCAGUAUUGCCCCUCAUGAAGGAGGAAUAUGGUGACCAGCUCUUCCUUUCCGGAUGCACAGAGGGUGAUGUUCACGGUGAAAUAGCUGAGAUGCACAUAUCCCAUCAUCCCCCUCCACCUCAGAUGUCGUCUCAGGAGCGGAAACAGAAGUGGGAACAGGGCCAAGCUGACUACAUGGGACUGGACUCUUUUGACAACAUAGAGAAAAGGCUUGAUUCCUUCUUAAAGUGAAAGGUGCUUAGGAUCAGAUCUAGUUUUGUACUUUGUACAGGACAUGAAAUAAGAUUAAAAAAAAAAAGAAAAGCUAUGAUUUUUUUUUAUUUUUUUUUAUACCGGUCCAGAUCUAUGCAGCUGAAUUACUCAAUCUCUUACACAGUGUGAUUGCGUUACUUGUUGGAAUGACACAGUAUGUCACUUGCCUCUUUUCCAGAGGAGGCAUGACCCAAUUCAGGCAUGGUUUCUGAUCUCAAUGAACAAGACAAUAGUUAUUUUUUUAUUAUCUAAAAUCCUAUAAUAUUAAUGGUCUUGCACCUUUCAGAUUUUACCUCUUUCAUUUGUCCUCGAUGCGUUUGUGAAGAUGAGAAACGUACAGCAAACAAAACGAUAUUAAACCUUCAGCAUCCAAGAUAUACUGAACUCCACAUUCAAUGUUAAUCAUCUAAUGACCGCCUUUGCAAUGAUAUUGUUUACAAGACACUGUGUACAGCCAACUCGCUUAAAUCAUCAUUACUGGCUCUGAUGCACCAACUUUUAUUGUAUGAACCAAGUUCACUCCGCUCUUGUCUACUGAGCAGUCACUCCCUAUAGCAGGAAAAAGACACAAGGGUUUUGCUGCACCUAGUUACUACUGUUAAUGCUUUAACUAGUUUAACUUUCAUGUAACUGUCCCCACCUGUAAUAAAGAACUAGUAACACAAUUCCCCAUUUACUGUGGUUAAAACCAGUUUAUGCACAAAGAAAGGGUUUUAAGUGUUUAUUGCAAUGAAAACUGUUAGAACAAUCCUACAGACAUUGUGUAGAUAAUAUGAAUUUGAAGGAAACAACCUUUCUGAACAAUUUGCAAUAGAGCAAAAAAAAGUGCUGUCUUUAAAGUAAAUUAACAGAUACAAUGCAAUUUAGCUUGGAAAAACUAAAUCUCCAUGAGGGUUCGGAUCUCAUCUAUCCGUGCCUGUUUUAGGUUCUGUGUGUGUUUCGCGCCGAAAGCUUUCUCCACAAGCUCCUGCUUCUUCUUCUGAAUCUUCACCAUGUUCUCCUCCACAGAGUCUUUCACAAUAAACUAAACAGAAAACAGUUGUUUCAA